GAGUGUUGAAUUGUUAAUUUUGUGUGGUUUUGUUCGCUGUUAAUUGAGUGCAAUCUUUGAAACGUCAUUCACCAGUCGGUGAAUUGGGCCAAACCGAAGUGCAGUGACAAACGUCAAGUUUGACGUUGGAGCAAAAAAAAAUUAAUUCAUAAUGGAAAAAUGACGACAUUCCAUUUGUGAGUGCACGCGAAAAGAUGCAUCAUCCCCAGUGCAGUAAAUGAAAGUGCAGUCAGUCAGUGAGUGCGAAAAAAAAAACCGAAGUAGGCGACGGUUAAUGAGCGGUGGUAGAUUAAACGCCCUUGCGCUAUCAUCCGAAGCUUGCUUCGAGUCGGUGCAUGGAAGCAUAGAGCAUAGAUCACAGAUCGAGCGACGUGACGCGACGCGGAACGUCGGGAAAGCGUGAGGAAGUUUUAUGCACAUGAAUUAUUUACGUGAAAUUGGCAUUCGGGGUUCGGAGAGUGUUCGCCUACUAGUUACUUCCCCCGCUGGUUUUUAGACCAAACGAAAACAAAGCACGUCACAGUUCCAGUAGAGUGAACUCUGGGAGUUUACAACAAAUGUAGUGUUAUUUUUAUUUUCUGAUUUGUUCGUUCCGUUCCGAGGGUGAGGGCAUGCUAGUGUAACGAAUGUUGUGGAAGCUUUAGGAAGACACAAAAUGUUAGAUCGGAGUGAUGUACCUGAGUGAAACGAAGAAAAAGAGUGCAAAGCAGCGAGGCAUUAGAUAAAAUCACACGAGGAAAUUUCUGCCACCCGACGGAAUAAUAAUAAUAAUAACAGACGGAAACACAAUGAGGAGCAUGUAUCGGCAAGUGAGCCAAUUGGAGGAUGACGACGUAUUCGAUGUGAACGACUACCGGGACGUCAUCAGUUCUUCCAACCAGCAAGCAGCACCACCUCCGCCGCAACAGCUACGCCUAGCCUCGACCGGUUCGCUCGACUACGACUUCUACGAGGACAUGGACGAGCGGGACAGCAUCUACCUGGAUGCCGUAUCGAUCAACUCGGAUGGCACGACGAACAACGCGCGGAAAUCACUCUACCUUUCGCGCCAAACCGUGUACCACUCGGCGGAGGAACUCCAACUGGAUUCGGUGCUGCACGAUGGCAGUGGCGAAACCGGAACGUUGAGAAGCAUCAAAGCGACCACCGAAUCGUUGCUGAACGAUUCCCGUGCUAACGGGGGCCUGCCGAACCUACCGUGCGAAGCCCGGGCCAGUGGCAGCGCCACGUCGGGAUCCUUUGGCGGUGGCAUCCUGAAGCGACCGGGCAUGGCGACCCAGUACAACGAAGAGGUGGCUAGCACUAGUCCUCUAUUACUAGACAAUCAUUCCACAUUCGACCACAGCACCAACACCACCAAUCAGACCGAUUCCCAAACCAUUAGCACUAACAAUCGACAACAACAACAACAACAACAACAACAACAACAACAUCCCGACCGUUGUAGUAAGCAUGAGCCAAGACAGAUAGUUACAUAUUCGCUGUGGAAAUCGAGGACAUGGAACCGCUUUCAGGACGGCAAGCGGGUGGUGGACUUUGUCCUGGCCUACAACGGCCAGAACCAGAGCGAUGAGAUGGCCCGAAAGCGUACCACCUUCCAGCAGAACCUCCUGGCCGAGGGGCUCGAAAUCGAACCGGAAUGUUCGCAGCGGAUCCACUUCAUCAAGAUUCACGUCCCGCCGGAGGUGGUCUCGCGGUACUGUGAAAUCAUGCGCAUGAAGAUGCCGAUCGUGAAGCUGAAGGGCCAGGAAAAUAUCAUAACGCCGGACUUUAGCCUGAGCAGUACGCUGGUCCGGUUCUUCCGGAGGCCGCUGUUCAAAUUUGUGAUCAUCGAUCGGGACAAGUUCCGGAAGGAGGAGUACAAACUGCAGCACGAGUAUACGCGCGAUAAGGCGUAUCUGUUUGACGACGGCCAGCCGGACUUUUUCCCGCAGAGCAUCAGGAUAGCGGUGGCGCAUUUUAUCCUGGAGCGGACGUACUUCAGCGUCGGGGAGGAGAACAAGUACGACAUCGGACUGAGGAAGCUGCUGAACGAUGGGGUUUAUCUGGAUGCAUAUCCACUGCACGAUGGAAAUCCGGAUAUGCCGGAGAUCGAGUGCCAGCGGACGUUGCUGCUGCAGGAGUGGGCUUCCGUGAUCCGGUGGAUCAAGCACCAACCGUUGGACCAUAUAAAGGAAUACUUUGGGGUGAAGGUGGCGAUGUAUUUCGCUUGGCUUGGAUUCUACACGCACAUGCUGAUCUGGGCCUCGAUAGUGGGCCUGCUGUGCUUCUUCUUUGGACUGCUGACCUAUCGGAAUAACCUAGUCAGCCAGGAUAUAUGCAAUGACAACAGCACGAUCAUGUGUCCCCAGUGCGAUGCCAAGUGCGACUAUUGGAAGUUGAGCGAUACGUGCUCAAUUUCACAGAUAGCGCACAUAUUCGACAACAACUUUACGAUCGUGUUUGCGGUUUUCAUGUCGAUUUGGGCAACUCUGUAUCUGGAAAUGUGGAAACGAUACUCGUCUGCCAUCCAGCACCGAUGGGGCAUUACGGAUUACUGCUCGCAGGCGGAACCACCGCGGCCGCAGUACCUGUCCCGGUUGAGGGACAGCAAGAAGACGAUAUUCAACAUCAUCACCGGAACGCAGGAACCGUCACCACCGUUCUGGACGAAAAAGUUGCCCAGCUUCCUGUACAGUUACUCGGUGAUAUUCCUUUUCAUCACCCUCGCCAUCGCGGCCGUCUUCGGCAUCGUGAUCUACCGGAUGUCCCUGAUGACAGCCCGAGACAUCUACGGCGACCCGAAUGCCGCAUCGACCAAGCUACUGCUCCUUCCUGCAACGGCAGCCGUCAUCAACUUGAUCGUGUCGACCAUCCUAAACUUCGCGUACGACUACGUGGCCGUUUACAUGACCGACAUCGAGUACCGCCGGACGCAGAGCGAGUACAACGAAAGCCUGAACCUCAAGAUCUACCUCUUCCAGUUCAUCAACUACUACAGUUCGAUAUUCUACAUCGCAUUCAUGAAGGGCAAAUUUGCCGGCUAUCCGGCCAAGUACAAUCGGAUCCUGACCUUGCGGCAGGAGGAAUGCAGCGCGGGUGGUUGUCUGAUGGAACUGUGCAUCCAGCUGGCCAUCAUUAUGAUUGGUAAGCAGCUGAUUUCGUUGAUCCUGGAGAUUUUGGUGCCGUUUCUGAUGCAAAAGUUCCGGGAGUUUAGAAGCGUACUCGGCAUCGAGGUGGAAGAGUCGGAGAACGGGGAGAAGCUGAUUUGCUGCAACCAGUGGACCAAGGAUUAUACGCUGAUCAGCUGGAGCGAUCGCAGUCUGUUCGAGGAGUAUUUGAAGAUGAUCAUCCAGUACGGAUUCAUUACCAUCUUUGUGGUAGCCUUCCCGUUGGGACCGCUGUUUGCGCUGCUGAACAACGUGUUCGAGACGCGGCUGGACGCGAAGAAGUUCCUGCUGUACUACAAGCGGGCCGUUCCCCAGCGUGCGCGAAGCAUCGGCAUGUGGUACAAUGUGAUGCACGUGCUCGGGAAGGUUGCCGUGAUAUCCAGUGCAUUCAUCAUCGCGUUCUCGUCCAACUUCAUCCCCCGGCUGGUGUACAUGUACGUCGUCAGCGCGGACAAAACCGACCGAGGUUACCUGAACCACACCCUGGCGUACUUCAACGUGAGCGACUUCGAGCCCGGUGCCGCACCGAUCGCGUCCAAAUUCGACAACGUCACCAUCUGUCGCUACCACGAGUACCGGAAUCCGCCGGGAGCCGACCGUCCCUACAAGCGUCCUCUGAUCUACUGGCACAUCCUGGCGAUCCGGCUGGCCUUCGUCGUCAUCUACCAGAACGUGGUCAGUUUCGUGCAGAUCGUGGUGGCAUGGGCCAUCCCGGACACGCCCGGCCGUCUACAGGAUCAGAUCAAACGGGAACAGUAUAUGACCAACGAGUUCAUCAUCCAGCAGGAGAAGCAGAAGACGCGGCAACGGAAGUGCGGUGACACGCUGAAACGACGAAACGGAUCGUUGGUUAAACGGCAGAGCAGCCUGGACGAGUACGGCACCACGGUUAGCCUGACGGAAGACGAAGGCUGCGACGAUGAGAAUUUCGUCCGGAGAAGGCCCGCCCCGAAUGGAGGAACGAACGACCCAUUCAAUCACAGCCGCUUCCAGGAGUGCGAGAUUGUCACGUCGCGGGUUUAGCAGUUACCUAGAAUAAGUUGAACUUUUCUAUUUUCGAACUAUCUACAAAACACAACAGAAGAAGAGGACCUACUGAUAUGCCUUUUUCAUUAUUUUGAUGUCGUGUCGUUUCGUUUUGCGAAGCUUUACCACUUGGAAGAAGGAAUGCCAAUUUCGCGCAAAACCCGAACUAUAUUACCUAGUGUUAGGAAGAACAAUUUUAUAAGGAUAAACAAAAUCAUACUGCAUGAACAAACAAAGGAGCAAACAUACAAACAGCACUUAUUUAUUACUAGGAAAAGCCAACCAAUAAAUAAUAUUUUCAAUUUUACAUUCUCGAAA